UCAUGCUAUCUGUUAAGACAUGCUUAUUAGAUCUAUUAGAUGUAUGUCUUGCUCCUGUUCCACUGGAUGUUUCCCUGCCAUCCUGUCCUGACUUUGCAUUUUGCACAAGGUGCCGUUAAGACAUCUGAUUUUGUCAUUGAUAUAUAAAACCUGAGACAAGACGUGUUGUAAAAGGGUUCGUGAUGAUUCACCCACUGACCUAAUAGUUCACUGACUUACUAACUCCCUGACUUACUCCUUGACUAACUGGCUCACAGUCCCUGGGUGCUCAUAAGUUAGAGUCAUGGCGGUAUACCGAAGUACAUAACAUUUGGUUAAAUUCUAGCACAGACGAAUUGAUACAAGCUGCCGAGAGUUACUAAAAGAGAAGAAUUUACUUGAGCAUAUCAAUCGUCGCGUGACCAACACUCACACACACUGAGCAGCUGGCAAGUUACUAGAGAACACCUGCAACAUGCCACCUAUAUAUUAAUUUAUAGUCACAGUAAACAUAGUUCUUCUUCUUCAUCAAGUUUAUUUACGUACAGACACACAUAAGUAUAAUUAUCAUAAAUAGUAACAUGUGUAAAUUACCCAGAAAAAAAAGCAAAAAAGUCGAAGUGACUUAUUUCCACUGGGGUCCUAGGAACAGUGUUAGUGAUAAGCGAGUGAUAUAAGCUGGUACCUAUUGUAUAAAUUAUCGUGACUUCACGAAAGAACUGAAAUAGAGUAAUCAUUAUCAUAUUAUUGGUAGGUAGAUUUAAAAUAAGAGGAAAGUGGCGUAGUGAUAAUUCUACGGUUAGUAAAAAAAAAUGAGUGAAAGUGAAUGAGUUAAGGAACAGAAUGGUUAAUAUGAGCAAACGCUGGAAGAAAUGUUAGCAAAUGUGAAAGUGAUGAGCAGGUGGAAGCUUAAGGUAGGGUGCGAAUUUAAGAAUACAGUGCUGAAGUAUACUACAUUGGUUGAUUAUUAUAGUAGGACAGAUGUCGAAGGGAAGAAUAUUGAUAGUUGAAACGAAGCAAAAACGAUGGUAAGGUUUUCAAUGUUAAAAAAUCGAAUAAAUACGUAUUCAUCAAAGAUCUUCAAGAACUCUGAUCUGUCAAACUUCCCGGGGUCGCUGAUAUCCUUGGAGAGAACCCUUAGUAAGUAAGUUUAUUCAGGUACAGGUACACAUAAAAACAGUUACAUAAAUUAUCAUACACAGCAGCAUAUGUUCAGAUAACCAAGGAAAACCCAAAAAAGGUCUAACAAAGCGCAUUAUUUCAUUUGGGACCCUUUCUUUUAUUUUGUUGAUAACGCCUGUACAACAAUUUUGUUUUUGACAGCUCGAAUUACAGAAAAAUGUUAAAUAAUUUUAUAGAUAUAUUACAGUUUUAAAAAUUGCUUAACUUGACGCUGUUAGUAUUGAAUCAUAGUAUGGGAUGUUGAAAUGACCGAGACGAGUUUGUGUACAUCAUCAGUAGUGCCGCUGGGGAAGUACGCUGAGUGACACUGUACGUCCGGCUGCUGAGUGAACUUGGGCUGCUUUUUUUCUUGUUCUCUCGCUUGGGCAUGAUACCAAGGCGCUUCAAGAGACAGGAAUACUCAGUUAACCGUAUAGUUGUGUCGGGAAAGUAGUCCUUUGACUCACAGGAAGUAAAGCGACCUAGUUUAACAAGUUCCUGGACGGGCUGUCACCACCAGCUGGAAUAGUCGAGUGUGUUAACUCAUCUAGUAUGAAGGAGAGUAGUUGGUAAACUACUUUUAAGGAACAUCUUACUACAUGUAUUGACAAGACAAACCUCCAAGUUGCUCGAAAUAUUGUACAGCCUCAAAUUAGGUUGUGUUGUACUGUACCUGAAAUGUGCCAGAGUGAGAAUAUAUUUUGUGUUUAUGUGCAUUUUGACCAAUAGUGGUGGCUAAUAUCUGUGAUUAUACAGCAUAAUAAACUUGGAAUGGAUGUGACAGUGUAGCAGAUUUACAACAAAUGAAGAUUAUUAUUAGUUUUGAACCCAGAAAACAAAGUGUACUAGUGUGAGUACCCAAAACUGGCACAAUGUUGCCUAUUACUAUUGAUGUGGAGGACACCAAGGUAAUUGCUCCGGUUAGCAGGACUAAAAUAAAGGAUUUACUCAGCAGUGUAGUUAGACUAAUUCUUUCAGACUCUGACUCUCGCAAUCUAUUUCUCUUUCUUUUGUUAAAUUUAACUUUUGGCUUUGUUGAACUCUUUUAUGGAAUAUUUACAAAUAGUCUUGGUCUUAUAUCUGAUGCCUUCCAUAUGUUUUUUGACUGUUCUGGGUUGAUGGUAGGUCUGGCAGCCAAGGUUAUAACCAAAUGGAGAGCCAAUGAUAAAUUUACCUAUGGAUAUGUUAGGGCUGAGAUUCUUGGGGGAUUUAUAAAUGGGCUCCUGUUAUUAUUUGUGUCAUUUUUCAUCUUUGCAGAGUCUGUUGAACGUUUAAUUGAACCUCCUGAAGUGAAACACGAGCGAUUAUUUGUUGUGUCUGUUCUUGGCUUCUUUGUCAAUAUUAUUGGCAUAUUUGCAUUCCAACACGGUGGACAUGGCCACAGCCAUGGUGGAGGAUCUCAUGGACAUUCACAUGGUGACCAUGGUCAUGGUCAUUCACAUAAUGGACAUGCACAGCAUGGUCACUCACAUGGAGGUGCACAACAUGGUCACUCACAUGGGGGCAGUGGAGGCUCUCAUAUCAUGAAGGGAGUCUAUCUUCACAUCUUGGCUGAUACUCUGGGAUCAGUGGGUGUUAUAGUGUCUUCAGUCCUUAUGUAUUUCUUUGGCUGGUUGAUUGCAGACCCUAUUUGCUCCUUGUUUAUUGCUGUCCUCAUUCUAGUUAGUGUACUUGAUCUUCUAAAAAAUUCUGUGGAAAUUUUGAUGCAGCGACAGCCCAGAGAGUUGGAUAGCGUAUUAUCUGGAUGUUACUAUAAAAUAAGUGCUCUACCAGGAGUUUUUAGUGUUCAGGAGCCACGUUUUUGGACGCUGUGCACUGGUCAAUUUGUAGGAAAUUUAAAGUUAGAAGUUUCAGCUGCUGCUGAUCCUCGAUACGUUGUUCAGCAAAGUCGUGCAAUUCUUAAUUCUGUAGGUGUGACACAGUUAUAUGUACAGUUAGAUUACUCAACUAUGUAGUACAUACAGAACUUAUAAAAUAUAUUAUGUACUACUGUAUCAUAGUGUUGUGGGGGAAAAAUAGUUAGAAAAGUGUUGAUCCAAGUGUUAUAUUAGGUCUCAAAAGUGUGUAACAAGCAUUUUUUUGUUUGUAUUAAGAAGUCAUAUGAUAACUGGUAGGUCACUGAUUUGAUAAUAUAUAUAGUGCUCCCUUCAAAUCUGUAAGGGGAUUAUAUUCCUAAUGGUUUCAGAAUCCAGGAACUGCAAAUGGACUCAUUUUUUGUUAGAGGCAAUAUCUCUCAAUAAUGUCAUCUAGUUAAUAUUGGCACUCAUGAGAAUAUCCUCAAAGAGAGAUGUGGGAAUGAGAAAUUCAGUAUGUUGUCCAUAGCUGAAAGAAAAUGGGCAUCAUUUUUUCGUGAAAUUAGUGAAUUAGGAUGCCUUGAAUUUGUGGGGAUCACUAUUUUGUAUUACUUCUACGUUUUUACGUAGUAAAUAUGCUGUAUAUUUUUUAUUUACUAAAAAGAUUCCCCUCAAGGGAGGUAGGUGCCUUGAUAUUGGUCAGGGGCUCUUGGUCCAAGGAACUCUACUUAUCCUCUCCUUCCUUAAAUUGAACCUGAAUGCUUCCCAUUCCCCUGGCGCAGUAUGACCCCUAUGGGUUAGGCGCUUCCCUUGCAUUAAAAUAAAUACAAUAUUGUGCUAAUAAGAUACUGAAAUUCUUGUUAAGAGAUGGUGCACUUGUAAAAGCUAUACUUUAUCAUUCAAAACCACCAUUUCCUCAUUUCCCAGUUUAAUGGGAUGGAGAGAGGCACGACUGCAGCAGGAAUGAUUUUAAUUAAGAAUUCAGAAUUUGUUCUUGCUGGGCAUUAGAAUUUUCAAGUUUUCUUGUUCACUUUAUAUUUUAUCAAUAAACUUGUAUCUAAUGAAACAGGAUAAUCCAGAGAAUCUCUUAUUUAAUCAUAUAUUAUUUAAUUGCCUCUUAGAUGGUUUUCUUUGCAUAAGUUUUUUCUGAUGAGCCUAAUUUUGUUUGGCCAGUCCCAAGGUUGGGCUUUGUAUUCUUGAAUGUGAUUCUCAUUGUUAAGCCAUCUAGUGAGCUCAGAUCUUAGAUUUUCUAAAUACACCUACCAUCCGACUUACAACCUGCUCGACUUACGACCACUCUGACUUACGACCGUGUUUUUUAUGCCAAAUUUCUGGGAAAUAAACAACUAUUUGUGUUGUACACAGUGUUUAUCCUAAACCUUACAGUAUAAAAUACAGUACUAGCAACAUAAAAAGUAAAGUAAAACAUGAAAUACCAAAAUAAAACAAUAAAAUAGUCAUUACAAAAAUGUUUUGUUGAUAUUCAGUAGUAAAGUUCGACUUACGACCAUUUCGACUUACGACCGGUUUCUCGGAACCGAACUCGGUCGUAAGUCGGAUGGUAGGUGUAUACAUUAAUGUAAACCUUGCCUAAAAAUGUGAUAAUUUAUAUUCUUUAAGUUCACAUAUAGUACUCUUAAAAUUAUUUUCCUUAUUAUUUUCAAGCUGCAGCAUACAAGUGUAGAGUAAUGCAAAUUAUAUUUUAAUACUAGUCAUUUCCUCCAUAAAACUUCCCAUAUACGUAUGUUCAGCAGAGUUGCUCAGUUAUGUGAGCUUUUAAUUUUGUAACCUUCCAAGUUGACUACUGUACAUUCAUAUGCUAUUUUAUUCUUUACUGUUUAAUAACUUUUUUUAACCCUUUGACUAUUUCGGUCGUAUAUAUACGUCUUAUGGGCCACCGUGUUUGACGUAUAUAUACUCAAAAAUUCUAGCGACUUUAAAUCAAACAGGAGAAAGCUGGUAGGCCCACAUGUGAGAGACUGGGUCUGUGUGGUCAUUGUGCACCAUAUAAAAAAAAUCCUGCAGCAUGCAGUGCAUAAUGAGAAAAAAAACCUACAACUGUUUUUUUUGGAUUAAAACGCCGACUUUGUGGUGUAUUUUCGUAUAGUAUUUAUGGUUGUCAUUUGAUAGAAUGGAAAACAUAUUAUAGAAAUAGAGGUGAUUUUGAUUGGUUUUACUAUGAAAAAACUUUGAAAUGGAGCUCAAAGUAGGGGAAAUGUUUAAUUUUUGCCGAUGUUCAAAAGUAAACAAAUGAUGUCAUUGUCUAAUAAAUGUCCAACUAGCCAUUCUAAUAUGCAGUCAUGAAUAGGUUUACAUUAUUUAUACAAUUAUUACAAUAUUGCAGUAGUCUGCAUAACAGUAAAUCUUCUAUUUUUUGUUUGAAUAAAAAUUCAAAAUAGAAAGCAAGAGUAAUAUCAGAAGGGCCUGGAGACGUGAUUGAUGAACAAAGAAAAUGUUAUUUUAGAGCCAGGAAUGUCUGCAUUGUUCAUUCUGGACCCUCUUUUGAAAUUGGCAUAUUUUUUAAUUUGCAUGAAAUUGGCCAAAUUGCAGAUUUCUGACCACAUUAUUGGGUAGUUCAAAUUGGUAAAUGGGCAGUUUCUUGUACUCAAUUGAUAGAACAAAUGGAGUUCUAAAGAAAUAGGUAUGAGUUUGGUCGACUGGAACAAUGGAAUUCGCCGAAAAUAGGGCUCAAAGUGGGAGAAAUCGCUGAUUCGUAAGUAUCACCAGGGUCGCUAACUUCGCAAGAGUGUAAUUCCGUAAGUUUUCCAUCAAAUUUCGUUCUUUUUGGUGUCAUUACCACCGGGAAAAGAUUCUCUCUCGUUUCACAAGAAUUUUUUUUUUUUUUUUUUUCAAAAAUUUUCGACACCAGGGGAGGGACCUCAGGAUUUGGGGUUUCGACUGUCAAGGGGUUAAUUCUGCAUUUCAUAUUUAUAUACAUGCUGUAUAUGUAUUUUUUUGCCAGAAGGUUGAAAAUUAAUUGGUGAUAUAAAAUGUAAUUUACAGUGAUACCUCGCAUAUCCGGCCUGCCAUUAUAUAAACCUCGCCAAUAUUCGAACAGGCCCUGGGAAAGGGCAAAAUUCUAAAAUUAUUACCGGUACAUCCGAACAGCCAUUCAGAUAUGGCAGAAAGCUGAACUUUGCACACACUUUAUUGUACUGGUUGGCCACUAGGAGCCGCGCUCUUCGCCUUCCUUUUAGCAUUAUUACAGGUGUGUUUUGUCCUAGCUAUCCUGUGUAUGGCACCAAAGAGGGCCAGGACUGUGCUUACUCCAGAAUAAAAGAGGGAAAUAUUGUCGCACAUGGAUGCAGACUGGUCCAAGGCUGGGAAAUAAAACUACAGAUGAUGACGUGCAGGACUGGCUAGAGUGUGACGAAGAUGACCUUGGUGUGCAAUCUCUGACAGAUGCAGAGAUUGCAGAAUCAUUCACCUGGAACAUUCCAAAAGUGACAAUGACGACAAUGACCCAGUGCCUCCAAGACCAAAAACCUCAGCAGCAUGGGCGGGUGUUGAAACACUUUUGGAGUAUGUGGAGCAUCCACUGUCCACAGCCCAUUUGAAAAAUUAUGGUCCUGUGGUCUGUGAAAUCCAGGAGGCUGUUAUUCGAGCCCAGUGUUUAGUCCCACCGCCAGACAACAUUGGACUUGUUUUUUAAACCUACAACGAUGUCGCCGAUGGCGAUAUGACAAGGUACGGAUGAUCAAUUUUUUCCCCCUCACAUAUCCGGAAACUCCGCGUUUCUGAACUGGUCUCUGGCCUAUAGUUCGGAUAUGAGAGGUAUCACUGUGUCUUGCUUAGUCUGAUGCCCUGCAUGUGCCUUUCAUAUAUAAAAAAAAAAGUCCUGGUACUGCCUCUCCUCACUUAACGACGUACGUGUUUACUGAUGCCUCGGACUUACGACGGGCUCUCUGACCAGUAUUUAUACCUAAAUAUGUAUAUUAGAGCUGAUUUCCUCUAUUCUGUAUUUCAGUAUACAGUACACUACUGUAUAAACAUUCAAAAAUAUACCAGAAAUGUUAUAAAUGGUGCAAAGGUGACAUUAAAACAAUAUCAAAGAUGGUUGACACAAAUUCACUACCAUUAUAGUAUGCUCCUCAUUUAGCGGCGAAUUGGUUUAAUGACGUGGUCUUAGGAACAGAACUCCUUCGUUAAGUGAGGAGAGGCUGUAUUAUAAUGCAGAGUGUCAAAUGAAGAGAUAUGGGACAACAGUUGACUAAAAAAUUGUGUUAAAUACCAAGUAGUUAAAAUUUACUUUUGAGAUAUAGUUUAUGCCUAUUUAUAAAUAGCUACAGUACAGUAUAUGCACAGAUUAGCUUAGUAGCAGAAAACAUUGAUUUGUAGUGAAUAUUGUAAAUUAAUGUAAAGUUAAACUAAUGCCCCUGCAAAUGAAAAGUUCUGAAUAUUAUGCCUUAUUAUUAUAGACGGUAUAUAAUUCUGUAAUGGAUUAUUAAAUUUUAAAAAUGGCUAAACCAAUUUUCUUUGAAAGUGCACAAGACUACCAAUACUUUUACUUACUACUGUAUUGUACUAUAGGAAAUUAAUGAAGGCAGAUGAUGUAGUAAUGUAAUGCCUUGUAAAAAAAAAAAAAAAAAAAAAGAGACUGAAUUUUAGUGAACUUUAGUCCAUAAGAUAUUUAUUUUUGUACUAGGUUAGGUUUGGAAUUACAAUAUCAGACACCAGAGAUAUAUUCAUGUGUAUCCCAGUGUGAUGCUUCUAAGGCACUCUAACCAAGUACAUGUAGUUACAUACUUUUUAUAUAAAAUAACUUGCAUGUGGAUUUUUUUAAGCUGUGCUUUGAUGCUAAAUGAUUGACAGGUUUGAAACUAUAAAUAUCAAGUUGCACGGAGAUGAUGAGAGAAACUAUACCAGUAUUUUUAUUGAGAGGUUGAGAACUAGUUUCUGUUGAUUAUGGCUGAAACUCUCACAGCAUACAUUAAUUCAGAUAUCAGAUCAGCAUUGAUGUUGCUGAUUCACUGUUUAUUCAUCAUGAUAUCAGUUUAUGUUGCUGUUAUGUAUAUUUCUAUGUAAAGUAUAUAUACUGUUUUUU